GUCUGUCGAACGUUCGCUUGGCCAGACAACAGUGACAUGUCAACUAAUGGGGGAAGCGGAGCCGGCGAUGGUCCAAUAUCGCCGCCGGCGCUACCGUCUCCUGGGGGCGGCGGAGGCGUCGUCAAGUUGCCGUCGCUGGAGGCGGCGGAUCGUCUCCUUGGAAAGGGUUCGCCCUUUUCCCCAUCCACCAACGAUCCACAGAGGCAUUCGCAAUCAGACGACGAUUCCGGAUGCGCCCUCGAGGAGUACACCUGGGUACCACCCGGACUCCGACCCGAUCAGGUUCAUCUAUAUUUUUCCGCGUUGCCGGAGGAGAAGGUUCCUUACGUGAAUUCCGUGGGAGAAAGGUACAGGGUACGACAACUUCUUCAGCAGUUACCUCCGCACGACAACGAAGUUCGAUAUUGCCACGCUUUGAGCGAUGAGGAACGGAAGGAAUUACGGUUAUUCUCAGCACAGAGGAAACGCGAAGCACUUGGACGUGGCUCUGUUCGACAACUUCCUGCUCCCAUGGCUUGUGAUGCUGUAAGUAAACUUUUUUCCUUUUUUUUCAGAAUGAUAUUCAACUAUAAUAUAGCGGCCGGGGAACUUUUUUAACCAUU